CUUCGACCUCACUAGUCCAGAGGGGUCAGUUCACCUCCGCCAUUUUGGUUUGUCGGGAACAUCUUUCCUUUGCAGUCCAUCGCAACUUUUUCGAAAAGACAGCAUCACUGCAAGUUAGCAGGGCCAAAAACCGGCAGAAAUGGAAGAACAAAACUGUGGUGCAGGGCAUCCUGGAAGCAGUGCAGAUGAGGAAGAAGGCAGAGAUGUAAAAAGGCAGCAGAACAAGGGACAGGAAACUCUGUGGGAAGAAACGCACGGUACGACUUCCAACCAGUCUGAGGAGGGAGGCGCCACACCACAUGCACAUGUACAGCCCCAUACAGGCCAGAUGGAAGCCUGGAUACCGGCCUUGUUAGUAGCAGUCGGCACUGGAGUAGUAACUGGUCAGCAGAGUGACUCUAACACUGCUGGCGUCCAGGCUAGGCAAACGGAUGGACAUGAUGUGACACAAACUGCUGGUGCCUCCCCUGUAGAUGAGGGUUCUUUACACAAGAUGACGGAGAAGUCAUACAGUUGUGACGAGUGCGACUUUUCUUCACCAUCUAAAGCAAGUGUAAAGAAACACAAGGCUAAGCACACAAAACCCUUCAAGUGUGGAGAGUGUGGAUACAGGGCGACAGUCAGGUUUCACCUGUCGGAACAUAUAAGAACACAUACGGGCGAGAAACCCUACAAGUGUGACCAGUGCGAUUAUUCCUCUGCAUUUAAAUGCGGGUGAACGAGACAUAUGACCAAACACACUGGAGAAAAACCCUACAUGUGUGGAGAAUGUGGAUACAGGACUGCUCGCAGGUCUACCUUAACCGUACAUAUGAGAGAACAUACAGGUCAGAAACCCUACAAGUGUGAUCAGUGCGACUAUUCCUCUGCACGGAAGAAUCAUCUUAGGAAACAUGCAGUUGAGAAACAUUCAGGUGAGAAACCCUACAAAUGUGACCAGUGCGAAUUUUCUUCUGUGUGGAAAAAGAGUUUAGACCUACACAUGGCACGACACACUGGUGAAAAGCCCUUCAUGUGUGGAGAGUGCGAGUACAGGACAGUUGCUAGAUCUGACCUAGCCAAACAUAUGAGAAAACAUACCGGUGACAGACCGCACAAAUGUGAGCAGUGCGACUAUUCCUCUGCACCUAAUGAUGAUCUAAGGAAACACAUGUUCCAUGCUGGUGAUAAACUAGAUGGUUUCCAGCCAGUCUCGGGAGAAAACCACACCACCACUAGAGUGGGUACAGAGACAGAUGCUAGCCUGGAUACAGUAACAGUUGGAAGUCGGGCGGUUAAUGGGGAGCAGAGUGACUUUAACAUGGCUGGCGUCCAGGCUAGGCAGACGAAUGGACACAAUGCGGCACAUACCGCUGGUGCCUUCCCUGUAGAUGCGGGUUCUGUACACAAGACAACGGAGAAGUCAUACAAUUGUGACGAGUGCGACUUUUCUUCGCCUUUUAGAAGAAAUUUGAACUUGCACAAGGCUAAACACACCAAACCCUACAAGUGUUCAGAGUGUGAGUACAGGACCGCUUACAGAUCUGCCCUAUCCCUACACAUGAGAAAUCACACAGGUGAGAGACCUUACAAAUGUGGACACUGUAAUAUUUCGUUUAAGCAGAAAAAGAGCUUAGACCGACAUUUGGCUACGCACACCGGUGAGAGACCUUACACGUGUAAUAAGUGCGAAUACAAGACGGCUGACAAGUCUGGCCUAUCCCAACAUAUGAAGCAACACACCGGUGAGAAACCCUAUAAAUGUGACCAGUGUGACUAUUCUGCCCUGCGAAAAUGCCUCUUAGAUCAGCAUAUGGCAAAACACACCGGUGAGAAACCCUACUUGUGUGAGAAGUGCGGGUUUAGGACGGCGAACAGCUUCUGCCUCUCCAAUCACAUGACCACACACACCGGUGAGAGACCCUACAAAUGUGACCAGUGCGAUUUCGCUGCGGGACAGAAACCCACUUUACAGCGGCAUAAGCUCAGACACACUGGCGAGAAACGCUACAAGUGUGGGGAGUGCGAGUACAGGACGAUCACCAGAUCCAACCUUUCUGUGCAUAUGAGACAGCAUACAGGUGAGAAACCCUACAAAUGUGAGCAUUGCGACUAUUCUGCUGCACAGAAAGGCCUAUUAAACCAACACAUGGCCAAACACACCGGUGAGAGACCCUACGUGUACAGGGAGUGCAGCGUACGCGUCAAAAUCACCAGGACUGGUAUCGAUGGCUUGUCUGUUCUCAGCUGCAGCAUCGCUCUUGAUAGACAGUUGCUCAUCAGGAAUGUGGAGAUCGAUAUCUUCGUUCUUGAUAGACAGUUGCUCAUCAGGGAUGUGGAGAUCAAUAUCUUCGUCAGCUUGCCUGGCGAGAGGUUGCACAGCUUCUGUGCCUGGUUUUGUUGUACUGUCGCUUAA